AUGUCGGAAACUGAAAGAGAAAUGAGUACCCGAGAACGGUUUCUUAAGAAGCUUAUGGAAUCGGUGGAAGGAAAAAAAGACAAUUAUUAUAAUAUUACUAAAGAUGCUUAUGAUUUGCUUCUCAAAGAGAUCGAGGAUGCGAUAUCAGCAACUAAAAAACCUCAGCUCAAUAUAGAAGGAUCAAACAAUUCAAUGUUUUGGAAUUUGGUGAUACAAAAAAGCUGGUAA